GAAAGAGAGCGCGAGCAUUGACACCGAGAUAAAGCGCUUCAUCGCCAAAAAGGCGGAUCUGCUGUUCGCUCACUCGUGGAAGCCCAAUGGGCCGCUCUGCGACACGAUUGAGGAGAACGAAGAGUGUUAUGCCGUUAUGCCUCCCCUGGAACGGUUCAUGGAGGUUCCCAGGGAAGAAAGGAGAGAAUUGUUUUUUCGAGACAUCGAACGUGGCGAUAUCGUGAUUGGGAGGAUUACUUCUAUUCGGGAAUUUGGUUUUUUCAUGGUGUUGAUUUGUCUGGGAAGUGGUGUCAUACGGGAGAUUUCGGAUUUAGACAUCAGUGCUCUUUGUCCUUUGAGAGAUGUGCCUUCUCAAAGCAAUCAUGGAGAUCCUUUGUCUUAUUAUCAAACUGGAGACCUUAUUCGAGCUGCGAUCAAGGACAUUGAUCGUUACCAUGAGAAGCUCACAGUGUCGCUUUACAGCUCAGCUCUUCCACCCAACCUUUCCAGUACAAAACUGGGGGUAAUCACUUCUGAUGACUUCCCGUUACAUUAUAGGCGAAGCAUGGAAGUUGCUAAUACAGCAGAGACGUUCGAAGAGGUUUUGCAUCGUUCCCCAGGAUUUGCUAAUCCAUCGUUAGUUGAAUAUUUAGCAGAAAAACUAGGAAUAAGUGAAUCAAAUCCACCGUCUUUGAUGAGAAGUCUUCAAAUUAAAAAUUUCAACGAAGAAGACUUUGCCCCUGCAUUGAGGAAAAAGCAAUCUGCAUCUUGGGCCUUGAAAUGUGUGAAGGCUGGGGUUGAUUAUUUUAAGGUUGGGCGCCAUGUGGAAGCCAUGAAUGAGUACAACAAGGCUUUGGAAAUUGAUCCGCAAAACGUUGAAGCUUUAGUAGCCCGUGGAGCUCUGUAUGCAACAAAAGGGAGUCUGAACAAAGCCAUAGGUGAUUUUGAAACUGCUUUAGAAAACUGUCCUACUCAUAGAAAUGCAAGAAAAUACCUCUGUCAGACACUUGUGGAAAGAGGCGGGCAAUUGGAAGAGGAAGACAAACUACUAAAUGCUGAGAACUACUAUAAAAAAGCCUUAAGUUUGGAUGAGACUUUUCAGGAAGCAGAAGAGGCCUUAACGAAACUCCGUAAGCAUAUGCAGAAAUCUUUGGAAAUGAGGGAGAAACAAGCUGCCAAAGAAGAGAGACAGAAAGAAAAGAAAGUAGAAACAAGUGCAGAAAAAUUGCGUAAGCUCUUAAAAGAAGAAAAAAGGUUGAAGAAGAAAAGGAAAGUAUCGACUUCCUCCUCUUCCUCCUCCUCCUCUUCCUCCUCCUCAUCAUCAUCAAGUGAUUCUUCAUCAGAUGUAUCAGUUUCUUCUUCCUCCUCUUCCUCUGAUCACAAGAAACGUAGGAAAAAGCGUCGGAAUAGAUCAGAGUCUGCCCACAGCUCCAAAAAACGCUCAUCUAGAGCUUCUUCCCAUUAUAAAGAUCAGAUUAGGAAAGAGGAGUGGUAUUCGCCUCCGGCCGAUACCUCUGCUUCCUUUCUUAACCAAAAUUUUGAAGUGGAAAAACUGCUGGAAAGGCAAGACAGCUUAGUGUGUCCAAAGGCAGAGGUAAAAGAGAAAGACAGACACUGUUCUUUUUCGAGGACUCCAGGUGAUGAUGAAGACACUUUUGGAGGUAGGUCUGAAGAUUCAAGAGAUUCUUACAGUAGCUCCAGAAAUCUGCCAAGUAGUAGCAAAACUGAAAAAUAUGGUAAAACAGAUAGGUAUUUCUCCAGUUGGAGGGGUUCUUCAGGUUCAUAUCAUAAGUCAGAUGAUAAACCCAGGAUGCAUUAUUUUAGGAAAUUUGAAAGGGAUGUAGAGGGGAGAAAAGAGCCGUUCAGGAAAUACGGCUCAGGUCAAGACAGGUAUUGCAUGUCUCCAGCAGGGUCUGACUAUUCUGGCAAGUCAGUGGGGAAGUACAGGUCGUAUUCUAGCACCUGCUUCCGGGAAGGUGACAGGAGUUAUGAUGGUGAUAGGCAGGAGUUAAGUCAGCAUAAAAACGAAAGCGAGUAUCAGAACAGGAAAAGAAGUUACGAGGAGACUCAUGAAACAAAGGAACCAGAUGAGGACGUGUCUUUAAAUGGUAGUGCACAAACAGAGAGUGGCGUUAAAAGAAACCUGCCCGAGAACUUGGUUAACAUAUUCAAUCAAAUAGCUGAGUUUGAGAGGGAAAAAGGAAGUAAGCAGAAGAAACAGUAA